AAAGAAAGAAGAAAUUGUGUGAAGGCAAAGGGAAUAGUUGGAAGGUGAAGAUUGUGGGAAAAUGGCGUGGAGAGCAAAUCUGUCUCGGAAUCUGAAGGAGCUUCGCAUCCUCUUUUCUCCAUCCUCCCCUCAAAGUGCUGCCACUAGGGCGUUCAUUGAGAAGAACUACAGAGAUCUCAAGACUCACAACCCCAAAUUACCUAUUUUGAUUCGUGAGGCCUCUUCCAUCGAGCCUCAGCUUUGGGCCAGAUAUGACCUAGGAGUUGAAAGGGGCAUCAGAUUGGAGGGCUUGACGGAGGAGCAGAUCUCAAAGGCACUUGAGGACCUUGCAAAAGUAGGGGCUUCUCGUUAACUUGACGACAUUGGAUCUUCAGAAUUGUAUGUCUUUGCAUUUAGCACUUUGUAGAGUUUUGUCCUCGCAUUGUGCUUUUUAAAAUAAUCUUUUGGUGCUAGUUAUCAUGAAUCAAGCUAGCAGUGCAUAAACUUGAAACUAUGGAUAUUUGGGUUUUAUUUGUUGUUGGAAAGGCAAGUGUUUGAAAUUCUCUGUUGUUAGAAUUGGAAGUUUUACGUCAUUCCUUCUGUGCUUUUAGUCUUGUUACAGUUGA